CGUUCAGUAGUUUCAGACCGUAAUUUUCGCGUUUACCCAACAAACCACGUUUAAUUUUGUCAUAAAAAAAAAUUAUUAUUACGUUUAUUUAUUGUUCGAUUAUUAUAUAAAAGUUUUUAUUGCAUUUGCUAGAGUCGACUGUAUAGUUUUUAUGCGGUGGUGCUAGGUACUUAAAAAUUUGGCGAUUUCUUUCCUAUUAGAUUGCUAGAGAGAAAAUCAAUACCUAAUAAUAAUAGGAAGUGUUCUCGGGUUAUAAGAUGCCUUCGCGAGCACACCACUGCCGAGCCUGAAGACUGGUCUAUAACCAAUUUUCCAAAUUUCCCUCUCGUUCCACCGAUCCGGUAAUUGAUGAGCGGUCACGGGAUCAAACGCAUCUUAUCCUCCAUACCGAACACCCAACUCGGCAAAGAUCCGAAAUUCUUCCUCCAGGGCUGGUCCAAACGUUGGAUGAGUAUUAUCUACAAUCCCUCAAACUACUUUAUCAUACCGAUCAAUUGAAUCUUAGCUAAUUUCUAUUAGUGUUUGUUUUGCUUUUGGUAGUAUUUUCUCCCCCCGUUUUAACCCCUCGUGUGCCUGCAAUGGAGAAGGAGGAUAAGCGAAACGGUCUUGCUCCGUUGGUGUCUUUGUCAGUGGUGGCUCCCUCACUUGAUUCAACCCCAUCCAAGACACCCAAUUGGCAAAACGAUGAAAAAGCUGUUAGUGAGGUCAGAUUUGUCACUGACUCAGUUGGUUCCUCUUCGUCUUCCAGCAGUUCGGAUGAUGAUGACGAUGAAGAAGUGAAACCAAAUAUCCCCGAUGGUGGGUGGGGCUGGGUGGUAGUGUUUGCCUCACUAAUUUUAUCAAUGGUGGCCGAUGGAAUCAGUUUUUCCUUUGGGCUGUUAUACACGGAGUUUCUAAUAGAGUUCGAGGCCUCCAAGAGUUCCACCUCCUGGAUCGGCAGUCUUUUUAUGGCGGUGCCCUUGUUAUUUGGCCCCAUAAUGAGUGCUUUAGUAGAUAAAUACGGUUGUCGCCUAAUGACCAUCGUAGGCGGAAUCAUUUCCGCCAUAGGGUUCAUCAUAAGUUCGAAAUGUUACUCGAUAAACGUGAUGUAUUUGACUUUCGGCACUUUGGCCGGAUUGGGAUUGGGGCUGUGCUAUGUAACCGCGGUAGUUUCCAUCGCUUUUUGGUUCGAUAAGAAGAGAACGUUGGCCGUUGGGAUCGGAGCGUCUGGAACGGGGGUCGGCACGUUCAUAUUUUCGCCACUGACCGAUUAUUUGCUGUCCGAGUUCGGUUGGAGGGGCACCACGUUGAUUUUGUCCGGGUGUUUUUUGAAUAUGUGCGUGUGUGGGGCUUUGAUGAGGGAUCCGGACUGGAUUAUUGAGCAAAAUAGGAGAUCAAAAUCAAAAUUAAGCAAAUCAGAAAAGUCGAGUAAAACCAGCUUGGAGUCUGUGUCGUCGGCAAACCCCUCGACCGCCAUCGAUAUCGCUGAAUUAAAGUCCCUCCUCACCAGCGGUCAAAAUGCCCAAUUUCUUCUGGAAGACUUGGAAACCACCGUGGAAACCAACGAGGACAAGGAAAAAUUGAAAAAGUAUUUUUCUUCAGCCCUGAAUUUGCCUACGUUUAUUAAGCAAAAUGAAAAAGUACCUAUAGAAGUCUUAGAGCUCCUAAGCAACAAUAAAAAAUUAUACAACGUGAUUCUGCAAAACUACCCCAGUCUAUUAAUGAGCAGAAGCUCCUCAAUGGACAAUACCUUGAAUAGAAUUAGAAAUGAACCUACCGAUAGAGUUCCAGUCACUUUUAGCAUGAAAUUAAAAAAAGAGCUAAAGACUGUUGAAGAAGAGGCUCCUGUAAAAGCCAAAAAACGUCCUCCAGUUCAUCAAGUGUCCUUACCGGUAACCCAAGAACCCCCACCCAGUGAGCCCCUAAUGAAGACAAAAUCCCCAUCGAAACCCUUGACCCAUAACGCGUCAUUUCCAAGGUUCAAACAGCCCUGGAGUCACCCCAUUAGGCACGACAGUUACUUUAAAAACCUAAAAGUCCAUAGACAAUCGUUGAUUCAUCGCGGUGCGAUCUUCAACAUGAACAAGUACAGAUUCAAGGCUUCCAGCUGCCCCAACAUAUACAGGGUGUCAAUGAUGUCACUGCCAAAACAACGAGAAGAAAAAUGGUACAGCGAAAUAUGGGAUUUGGUGAAGGGCAUGUUCGACUAUUCAUUAUUCUUAGAGCUGCACUUUUUCUUGAUGUCUUUGUCGACGAUAAUACUUUUUGUUUGGUUUAUAGUGCCUUACUUUUACAUUGCGGAAAUGAUGAUUUCUCAUCAGUAUACGAGGGAACAGGCCUCGUUCACGUUGUCGAAUAUCGGAAUCGCCAACACUAUCGGGAUGAUCUUCUUGGGUUGGGCAGGCGAUAGACCCUGGAUGAACAUAACGAAAACCUACGCGGUCUGUUUAAUAUUCUGCGGCCUAACGAUCGCCGGAAUAAUGUUCUUCAUCGAAAACUACAUUAUGGUGCAAGUAUGCGUGGCCCUAUUCGGAAUAUUCGUCUCCAGCACGUUCUCCUUCACCCCGGGGAUAUUGGUGGAACUGGUACCGCUGGAAAGAUUCACCACGGCCUACGGAUUACAAUUGUUAUGUAUGGGAAUUGGAAUACUGGGAGGGCCACCGUUUGCUGGGCUUCUUUAUGACGCUACGAACAGCUGGGAACAUUCUUUCUAUCAGGCGGCCGUCUGGACGAUCCUUUCCGGACUUUAUAUCGCCUUGAUUCCAUAUUCGAGAAAUAAGAAGAUGAUCGGCAAAGGACCGGUUGAGAAAGAAGUGGAAGAGUCCGAAACCAGAGUGAUUCCUAUAGUGAUCAUUUUAAUUAUCACCAUUGUCUUAACGGUGUUCGUAUUGUAUUUGACUUGUAUUAGUCUUUUGUAGGUUAGGUUUAUUGCGGUACAAGGAAAACACAAUUUUAUUAAAAAAAGACUGCUUUUCACCCCAUAAAUGUUUACAUAAUGAAGUUUAAUAAAUAAAUGUUUAUUGCGA